CUCGGGAACAUCAUCGAUCUUCGGAAGUACACGCCUUCUAUUUCAGAGUCUUGAGAUCCGCCAAGUCAACGAUGCUGUUUCCUGCAUUUUCCACUCCCUUCUGACGCAUAGAAGUGUUGCAAAGUUCCAGUAUAAGGAUGACUCGAACUAUUCGUUGGGGUCGCUAGGAACCAAGGAAGUGGAGUGCGAGAACAUCGAUCUAUCCUACGUAAGUGGUAAUGCUGUCCUCAGAAUGAAGGAUUCGAAAAAAAUGAUUGAUCAAUUGUUGCUACUUCGCAGUACAUCAAAGAGCAAGAUAUCGAAUAGAAUCAUUUAUUUAUUUCCACUUAGUGAGGUGGAUAAACGUUUUCCAUUCCCAAUCAUUACUUAUUAUUCUGUUUUAGUUCCCCUUCUUGGAACGCAAAUCAGCUUAGAAUUUUUUCAACGCCGUCCACGCCCUUGGCCAUUGCCAGUUGAAUCAGUGGCGUGGGAACGAUGGAUCCUUUUUCUAGACAUUUUCAAAGCCAGUUCAUACGAUGAUCUUGCCCGUAUGCGUGUUUCCGUCGCGGAAAGCGUGGGCGAAAUAGUUCUUCAGCUGUGUAGCUGUAUAAACAGGCAGCAAUAUUUGCCCAAGAUGCCUACUAGAACGGAACUUUCAAAUGUUUUCGAUCCCAGUCUUCCAGAUUGUCAACCGUAUUUGUUUAAAGUGUGCCGUGUACCCAUCCGACCAGGCAAGUCAAUUCCAUCGUCCCGUUGGUUUAGUUCAAAAUUAAGUUGUUCAGGAGCAUGA